GUUGUGGGAUCGUUUCCGGGGCGGCCAGAAGAGUGGGGCUCCGAUGGGUCGUAGCCGUAGCCGCUCCCCGCGGAGGGAGCGUAGGCGGUCCCGGUCCACAUCACGGGAUCGGGAACGAAGGCGCCGAGAAAGGUCCAGGUCUCGGGAGAGGGAUCGCAGAAGGAGCCGCUCAAGAUCCCCACACCGAAGACGCUCCAGGUCUCCAAGGCGACAUAGAUCCACGUCUCCUUCACCUUCUCGACUGAAGGAACGAAGAGAUGAAGAAAAGAAAGAACCUAAAGAAGGAAAGAGCAAAGAGCGUCAGAUCACUGAGGAAGAUCUGGAGGGUAAGACAGAGGAAGAAAUAGAAAUGAUGAAAUUAAUGGGAUUUGCCUCUUUUGACUCCACAAAAGGGAAGAAGGUAGAUGGCUCUGUAAAUGCCUAUGCCAUAAACGUGUCUCAGAAGAGGAAAUACAGGCAGUACAUGAAUCGAAAAGGCGGAUUCAACAGACCUCUGGAUUUUAUUGCAUGAGACUUGAGGUGUUGGAGGAUUCUCCCUCAUCUGGGUCAGAGAGUAUUUUAUAUUUUGUAUUUAAUCCACCUCCAAACAGGAUCUCAGUUCUUCCUUCCUAUAAAGUAAGAACGUCUUAUUUAUGACCCCCAGUGUACUUCCUUUUCUCAGGAGGGAGGUGACACUUUUUAAGGUGGUGACCCUGUGGUGGCUACAGCCCGUUUGUCUUGUUCCUUUGAACCUGUGUGUGCUUUCUUUUUGGAUGCUUGUUAGGAGUUCUUAAAAACUGAAAGUAACUUAGAUAUGAGUUUCUCCAAUAAAACUGUAUUUCUACCCAUUUUA